UGGUAUUACGCAUAUGCUCUCGGCACCGCCGCUGCGACGCCAGCUAGUGUUGCUCUUUCCAAGCUGUAUGCGGCUACCUCAGGGGAUGCGGUGCAGCAGCACAUCACGACGUAUACGUAAAAAUUCCGCAAAAAUGUAAGCGUACGUCCCGCCCCCCACCCACCCUCGUCGGAGCGCCGUCUUCUCCUCGAGUCCAUGCAACGUUGUUUAUCUACUCCCGAGUCCCCCGAUGCUUGAUGCAGUGGGUGUGCGCCGUAGGUGAAGGAGAAGGAAUAGGAGCGGCAUCUCACAAGCCUCCCCCAAGUCACCACAGCAAGACGCUCUCACCGUGGAGGAUGUGUUUUUAUUCGCUGCCGUUCUCGAUUCUCUCUCGGUUAAAAGCAACGCACAAGACUGAAAGGGCGCCGAGAGAUUAAAGAGAUAUUUUCCUCGUAGAAACGUCUGGAGCCUGGACCACCAAGAUGAAAUUUCCCAGUGAAAAUCCAAGAAAACCAGGGAACAGCCCGUCACCAGUGGCAGUUCAGACUAAUUUGGUCCCACCCAAAAAGAUGCAACCGGGUAUGCUUCAAUCCAGUCUGGUGCACGCCAGUGUGGCAACUAUGCAGAACCCAAUGGGAUGCUCUUUGCCCCGACUCUCCAUCUCCCGGCCCACGAGCAUGGUAGCCAGCAUGGAGGCAGUAGCUGACGGCGCGGCUCCUUUUACCAUGAUGAAACUGAAGACGGUGCUGGCGGUUUUCGUGGUGGUGGUGGCUUACUUGGUGGCGGGAGGACUGGUGUUCCAAGCACUCGAGCAGCCAUUUGAAAACAACCAGAAGAUCACCAUCACGGCAGAAAAGGCGGCGUUCCUGCAAAAGCAUCCCUGCGUGUCCCCAGAUGAGCUCGAGGCUCUCAUCAAACACUCUGUUGAUGCUGUGAACGCCGGUGUGAAUCCUGUUGGUGAUACCUCCUAUAACUCUAGCCACUGGGAUCUGGGUAGUGCCUUCUUCUUUGCUGGAACAGUUAUCACCACCAUAGGGUAUGGUAACAUCGCUCCGAGCACUGAGGGAGGAAAGAUUUUUUGCAUUCUAUAUGCAAUAUUUGGCAUCCCAUUGUUUGGAUUCCUCUUGGCAGGGGUUGGUGACCAGCUAGGGACCAUAUUUGUCAAAAGUAUUGCCAAAGUGGAGAUCAUGUUCCGGAACAAACACAACCAAAUCAGUCAAACUAAAAUCAGAUUGGCAUCCACCCUCCUCUUCAUCCUGGCCGGCUGCAUCCUGUUUGUGACCAUCCCAGCUGUGAUCUUCAAACACAUCGAAGGUUGGACAGCUCUGGAGUCGACGUAUUUUGUCGUCAUCACAUUGACAACUGUUGGGAUAGGAGACUAUGUGGCAGGCGGAAAUCGGAGGAUUGAGUACCGCAAGUGGUAUAGACCUCUGGUGUGGUUCUGGAUCCUGGGUGGUCUGGCCUAUUUUGCUGCAGUACUAAACAUGAUUGGCGACUGGUUGAGGGUGCUGUCAAAAAAGACCAAAGAAGAGGUUGUGGAAAUCAAGGCUCAUGCAGCAGAAUGGAAAGCAAACGUGCGAGCAGAGCUGAGAGAAACGAGGCGGCGUAUGAGCGUCGAGGUCAGCGACAAACUUCAGCGAGCUGCCACUAUUCGCAGUAUGGAAAGACGACAACUCGGCCUGGAUCAACGUGCGGUGUCCAUGGAUAUGCUUUCUCCAGAACGCCGAGCCAUUUUCAACAGUCUCGACACCAACAGCUACAAAACCUCCUCCCAGGAGAGUAUCGACACCAAGUUGAACAAUCUUCGACUAAGGGGCGCUGAGCAAUGCGACCGUCAGUCCAACCACCAAACAACAUCUGAGGACAACAUUUUUAACCGCCUGGGUUCUGUCACUAAGCUGGCCAAACGCAACAGGAAUCGAGAACUGAAGACAAACAUCACAGAAGAAGCUCGCCGUCCGCAUAGUGAAGCUUACGGUUGGAUUACACCCACCUUUGAUUGUAGCACACCUAUCAUGGAUGAAGGGAAGAGCAAGGAUGAGGAAAACGAAGAGGCCGAAGACAAAGAAUGCAAUACAAGCUUGUCUGAAUUUCCAUUGUUUGUAGAGCCUUACACGUCACAUAAUGGGCUUAUUCUGGAACAAACCAAAGAGAACAAGAAUGAUGAAGCACUUGAAAUGAAAGCGCUACAUAUUGAGAUGAGCCCUUAAUAGUCUGUAAAUUGUUUUCAAAUGCCACCAUUUGUGCCUUAGGUUUUCUCUUUCACCAGUAUGUGCUUAAGCAGGACCAAUGCCUGCUUCUUUGUGCUACUGUACACGUAUGCUGUUCUGUUGACAUGCAGUAUUCACAGUGCCCAAAGAAUAUGAGCUAGACAUUAUUUAUAUUGGCUUCACCAUGAUCCAGUGUAAUAAUGCAAAAUACCCUCAGAGGUUGUGCACUUCUAUUAAUGAAUGGUCACUGGGUAAAGUGUUCCUCCAGCAAGUGCUAAAGAAGAGG